AUGGCGGACACACAACGAUUCUCCCAAAUUCCAGUGAUGAGCUCGCGCCCAAGCCUGCUGUCCUCUCCCAGCUUAGGACUCGUCCCGCCCUCGCGCUACCCCUCCGUGAGUGGCAGCCCCUCCCUCGCCAACCCGGCAGCGAGCCCGACAUCCUCGAGCGGCAGCACCUCUUUCCGCACCUUCAAGAGCUUGCUCGGCAUCGGCGGAGGGAAUAAGCAAGCGGCGACGAACACGAGUCCAUCAGCAUAUCCAAGACGCCGCGCGUCAUCGCCGCAGCUGAAGUCAAUGCGGAGGUCGGAGGACGAAUAUGUGCUCUCGAUCGACUUGCCUCGUCCCGGAGACGUCAAGUUCCAACCAUCCAUGAGCACCAGCUCAUCCCCCGUGGGUCGGACGAACACAUCGUCGACAAACCAGUCACCAGCGCACAGUCCCAGCUCGGAGGGUCUAGCUUUGAACGCGGACGUAGCAUCCCCCUUUGCCACCCCCGCACUCGCAUCGACCGAGCUCUCUACCAUCUCGACUCUUCAUCCCUCUCCCCACGAUACCAGGCGUGGUAGCACCUCGCCGUCAAAUGAUACCUCUGCGUUGAACAUUUCCUCCUCGAAGAUCAAAGACGAACCGUCCUGGCUCGGCGAUAGCAUCGUUCUAGACGACGUGCCGUCCGACUCCAGCAUUAGUCGUGGGCGAACACCUGAGAGCCCAGAUGAUAGCUUCAAUUUGCACACACUCGAUCCCGAUCUUGCCGCGCUCUUAAGCCCGAAUCGCGUGCGCGGAAGCAGCACCGAUCCUGCCGUCACGGCCUACUCCGUCAGUCGUCCUCCGACCCCACCCCCAAAGACCCCCUCCUCCACCACGACGUCCCCUGGUCCCGGGUCAACACAUGAGCCGCGUGCAAGCAACUCAUUGCGUCGUAACCUGCCUACGUCCUUGUCGGCGGCGCCACGGCACCCCGCCACGACCUCCCUGCCACGCAUUACACGUUCCGUCUCCGAUCGGCCCACGUUUGGGACCGGCGUCCUCUCCGGACCCCCGUCGCCCGUCACCAGCCUGCCCUCCAGCCGUGCAAUGUCCUCAAGCCCCGACCGUGUUGCGUCUGGGAGCUCCAUUAGUUCGCGGAUGCGAAUUACCCGGGCGCCUUCUAUUGACAGCACCCCAAAUCGACGGCCGGGCAGCACUGGCAACGGUAGCACCACCGGCGAGCGGAGGAGCGCAGCCUCCCGUCUUAUGACACCCGCUCGCGCGUCCAUUUCAGGGAUCAGCUCGCGACCCCCCGCCUCUCGACUAACUCCAUCUGCUUCUCCUUCCUCCCGCGCACCCUCUUCCGUCGGUACCGCGCCAAGUCGCUUGCAAUUCGAACGAGAACGUCCAACGGAGUACAAGGUUAUCGAGAAGCCAGUCACCAUGAUGUCCCCUCCGCCUCUACCCUCUCAGCACCAUCUCGGUCCGCGUUCGGUGACAGAUUGGCUUGGUCCACGAACGGCGCGGGCGUUUGCCGCGGCAGGGCUCCUCGACCAAGACGGCCAGGAAACGUCUCCGAGCGCCGCGGGCUCGAGCUCUUCGUGGGCACAACGCAGCAUCUCACGUGCUGCGGGGUACCCGGAGGGUCUCUCCACUGGGGAAGCGAUAUUAUCGCCUCGCACCGUCUUCUCCGCCGCUUCGACCGCCCCCACAUCCGUGUCCGCUUCUUCCUUGGUGUCUGCGGAGCUCCAGCUCAUGCAAGAGAAGCACGCGAUUGAAACGAGCGCCCUACUCAACGCCCUGGCGGACUCCCAGCGGACGACGAAGAUGCUUCGCGAGGAGAACGGCUCGCUCCGGGAACGCAUUCAGGCGCUCGAGGACAAACUCGCGGACACCCAGGAGCGCAUCCAGCAAGUCCUCUUUCCGCAAACCUCGGCCAUUUCGCAGAUCAACACCGGUCGCUCCGUGUACUCGUCGCUGUACGCCAGCCCGCCGCAGACGGCGACCCCGGAUCACGGUCUGCGGAGUGCCUCGCACUCACGCAACAGCUCGCUGCGGCCGCGCGGCGAUCGGGCUCCCUUCACGGAUGUGCGCACCUCGUUCGACAGCGUGCGCGCCGCCCAAUCGCGCUCGCGUUCCCCCCUGGACCCGCGCGACGCGUUGCCCCCGCCGAGCCGGCGACGUGCCAGUGGAUCCUCCUCUUCGCAGUUCGCCUCCCUACCGUCGAACAUGUCGAUGCUGAUGCGCGACGAGGAUCCCCCUGACUCGUUCCGCGACAUCUCCCCGUCUGGCUCACCGACAAUGGUGUACGCCCACCUCGGCAAAGGAUCAAGUCCCGGUGCGCACGGGAAACCCCAGUCGCGUGGAGGCUAUAGCGACGUCGCGAACCGGUCCAUGUCAUCCGCAGGGAACGUGUCGCCGACGACGGCAAGCUUCUCGAUCACGACCGGGUCCCCGGUGAGCCUCAACCUCCGUCCGGAGCACGAGAUGCACCUCGGGGACAUGCCCCCGCUCGACCUCGACGGCGAAGAUUUCAGCUUUGAGCACGGCGUUUUGCGAUAG